AUGUCCAAAUCAUCAAAAAGCGGCCUUACGGAGCCGAAAAAGAUGAGCGCCGAGCUGUUCUCGCUGACUUAUGGUGCACUUGUUACCGAGAUGCUGCGAGACUAUGAGGACCCGAAGCAAGUGAACAUGCGAUUAGACAAGAUUGGUUUUAAUAUGGGAACACGAUUAGCCGAUGAUUUUCUGGCAAAGAAUGCGCACGUGGCAAAGUGCACGGACUGUCGGCAAAUAGCAGACGUACUAUCAAAGAAUGCCAUCCCCACCUAUUUAGGCGUACCCGCAACAGUAUCAAACUGGGGCGGUGGUGACCGUGAAUUUUCUCUUAUUAUUGAGAAUAAUCCGCUGACGGAGCUUGUUGAAGUUCCUGCCUCAUUGUCCUCAUUGAACUACUCCCAAAUUAUUGCUGGAGCUAUCCGAGGAGGACUUGAAGCCUUACAUUUUAAGGUGUACUCAAGUGUCAUUGAAAAUCCCACAAAUACUGAGAUCAAGAUCAAGUUUGACCAGAUUUUGAGAGAUAACCUGCCUGCCGGUGAAGAAGAUUGAAUAAAGAUUGUGCAUAAUUGUUAAGCUUCUAGCAUUCCUCUGAGUGUACAGGUAUGAUAAAGAUAUUUAUACUCUUC